UUUUUUUUUUUCUAUUCUCUUCUUUUUACCCUUUCGCUUGCAUUGUAUUAUUUUUCCAAGAACACCACUUUUUCUCUUUUUAUCUUUUUUUCUUUUUUCUUUCUCUUUGACAUCUGAAUAGUACUUUUCUGUACAAUCAGGUGGAAUAAUAGGAGAACCCUUCAUGUUUCUGGAUUGGAUAGCACAACUGCAGCUACUGCAACAUGAUUCGCAAACCGAUAUAUUGGAAUCUCUUCCUCUUCCGAUAAGACGUAUAUUGAUAUCCGAAAUUACAUCUUUCCUUAUUCCUUCAAAUACCAAAUAUUCAGCUGAUCCAUCCAUUUUCUCAUCCCCGGCUCAUGUCAAGUGGUAUAUGGAGGUCAUCGGUCAAGGUUUUGCUCUACCUUUGGAGGAUAUGAAUAUUACCAACGAUAGUAUCACUAUAUAUUCACAGUGGCUUUUGGAACCAAACCUACGACCGGCUGCUGUUGUUACUCAAGAUCUGGAUCAAGAAUUCUUUCAAAUCAUCUUUCACCAAUAUUCUUUAUUAUUCCAACCACGCAUUUUCCGAUCAUCGAAUCAACAACAACAGCAACAACAACAACAGCACUCGACCUCAAAUACAAUCAAGGAUACUCUUGCCCCUCUUGUCCAACGACAUAUUGACCUUUGUAAUCGAAUACUAACUGUGAUAUCAACUGCAGGUCGUACUUUGGAUUUAUCUUCUGAUACUUGGACUGUUUUACUGAAAGUCAUGUUAGGUAUUACUGAUUCACUGUUGAAAGAACCUUCUGGAGAAACUCCCAUUCCUGGUGUGAAAAAUAUAUCUGAUGAACUUUGUGAACCGUUGUUACGGGUCCUAUUUGAACUAUGGUUACGGUCAAGAACCAAGGAAAUUGAUAUGUGGAAUAUAUUGAAGAGCUGUUUUACAAGAUGGUGUCAUCGACCUCAAGUUAUACAGUAUUGGAGCCUAGUUUCGCUAUCAUUGACACACCGGGUCAUUCAUUUUCUUUUUGGUCAAGACGAAGGAACUGACUCAGUGUAUCUAUUUUCUGGCAAAGAUAGUACCAAAUUGGAUCUCAUGCAUGAUGAAGUCAAAUAUGCCUGGCAUCGAAUCAUUUAUUUACUUCCACCUCCGGUGCAAUUAUCACCUCCCAAUUUUAUACUUGCAAUGAAAGGUAUUGGUCAACUGGUAGAUGCACUUAACACUGUUGGUUUACGUUCAUCCACUGCUAGUACAUCGACAUCAUUGACAACCAAUUCUAAUUACAACAAAAACGGUCUCGGAAAUCAAUACUUGAAUACCACCGCCACCAUCAAUGAGAAUGCUGUUGACGCUAUAUGGACUGAUAAUGAACCUCCCGAUGGAAACACCAUAUUGAAUAUGUUUGGAUCGAUGCUAUUUGAUGCUUGUGCAUUGGCCUCGGAGAUAGAAGAUUAUGAACGACAAUGUGGAUGUGCUGAAGCGAUUGGGACUUUGUGCAAGGUAUUUUGUCGACCUCAGCGAAGGAACGAAUUUCAACGUACUUAUUUGGAACGAUUUUAUGCUGCUUUAAGUCUGGGUCUCAAAUCUGAUAUCUGUCUACCUACUAUUUUACUCUCAGGAACCGAACUAUUUGCUACUGACCUUAAAGGCAUUCGAAUGCUUGUUCCCGACUUUAUUGCUGCUACGAAAAUGGUGGUACCAAAAUUGAAAAUUGAUGUCAGAUCUCAUAUCUCUACUGAAGUUUUACGUUUAGCUGCUCUCAAGAUUAUCGGUACCGUCAUGUGUUUACCUAAUCAUUAUGAAAAUGUUACUCUGAAAGCUGGAUGGGAAUGGGAUAUGCAGUGUUCCUCUGAUACGACUUCACCAAUGACUGAACAGGAUCAGAUGUUAUCUAAAUUGAUUCGAGUUUUAUAUGAAGAAGAUUCAAAUACUCAAGUAGAACGACCUUAUACAAAUUUGAAAUUCUAUAUUUUGGAACUCCUGCUGCUGGCCUUCCGUACUGAAUCAUCCUCCUACAACAUGAGAUUUAUUCUCCAUUUGAUCAAUGUUUAUGUGGUAGAAGAUGUACCGUUUUGUCCUGGUCUCGUUGGUACUGUAGUCAAGCUUAUACAAGACAAGAUUUUGACUAUGCAACUUCCUUCUGAUGUGACACUGGUGGCAUUCGACGUCCUUAUGGAUUUUGUGGAUCUUUAUGACUAUGUGAAAAGAGAUAGCAAGAACAUUGCCCGUGAAUUAGUUUUGGCACUUAGUCGAUACCUGGACACACUGAUCAAUGCACGAAAGUUGGUACAAUCUUACCCUCUCAUUGUUCAAGCUUACAAUUGUAUGAUCAAAUGGGUAUUAGCAAGUCAAUGGAUUAUGGAUGAUCGUGAUUGUUAUCAAGCUGUCAUAACCACACUUAGUAAAGGAAUCACCAUUUUUGAACGAACCACGGAUGUCACACCUCCUUCGACAGAGAAGAAAAAGCGACGCGAUACAACUUUUCCUCCAACAAAACAACUCUUCCAGUUACAGCCAAAAUCCAACAGGAUAACAGCUUCCUCAUCAUCUAGCAAUAAUAACAAUAAUAAUGAUACAAGAGCUACACAUACACAUCGUCAAGGAUACCGAAAAGAAGAAAUGGCUGUGCGGAUGGCGGCUGAAUAUUGCAUGUCUCAAUUUGUGAAUCAACUAGGACGAUCUUCUUUCCGAAGUAACUCGACUCACGAUAAUCAAUGGAUGACAUUGAAGGACGAUUUACGACAAUUACGAUAUCGACAUAUGAAUAGAACAACAACGACAACAACGAAUGACUUGCCUGACCUAGUUGCCGAUAGAAACUUUGAAGAUAUUGACAACAUUCGGUAUUUUCUGUUGGAGAAUAAGAUGAUAUUGGCAAUUAUUGAAGCAACAAAUUUCAAUAACGAUCAACAAUUCAUUGAAGAUGCUCAAUCACCUUCGCCUUCAGCAGCGAAUGAUUCCGCUCAUGUUACGACAAAGACACCUUUGAUGGUUCAUCCUCGCAACAUACCUUCUCUAAUUGCUAUCAUUAGGGAUACUACUGGAAAAUAUAUCUGGACCAUGGAAACUAGAUACAAGGAUCAUCAACAACAAUCUCCUUCCAGUCAAUCAUCAAGACAAGGAACUCAACAAUCGACUUUAUCUGUACCUUCAUCUCCUUCAUCACCGAAAUUUCAAUCCGAUUCUACCACUCAGACUGGAUCAAUACUACCAACUACUACCCUCACAACAUCUCCUCCAACGGUUGUCACACCUACGGAAAAGAUGGAUUAUUUCAACGUAACAAGUCAUCACAAAGAUCCACUAUCGGGUACCUCUCCUUUACCUGGAACGACAACACCAACAGCAGUGGCAGUAAAUAACGACGAUAUACCCCAUCUUGACAGUAUCUUUGAAAAAAAUACCGACAAUUGGAAACAAUGGCGAUCAGUCAAGAAGUUAGCAGAAAAGCAAGAACAAGCGGAACAGUUAUCAUUACAAAACAAUCCAGACAAACCAUUACAUUAUUACAAAUGCUCCCCUACCACUUCGAACAUCGAUCUUGAAUAUUCAAAGGCAUUUAGGUUGAUAUUGUCUGAAUUUGGGUAUCUACUUCCACAGAAUCGAUAUCGAAUAACACCACUCAGACCAACGGACGUUUUACUCUCAGAAUUGGAAACUUUGGAUAGUUUGAAUGCUCGGGAAUGCAUUUCCAUUACCAUUUACUAUGCAAAUUCAGGUGAUUCUACUUGGUCAGAUAUCGUGACGGAACCACCCAAACUUAGUGAACCAUUUAUGCAAUUUCUUAAUUGUAUCGGAUGGCCGGUUGAAUUGAAACAUCAUACUGGAUUCAAAGGAAAAUUAGAUAGUAGUAUCUGCCAGACAACACCAUAUUAUUCUGAUCGUACUGUGGAAUUUAUCGCAAAUGUACCCUACUUCUUGUCUUUACCAACAACAACAACAACAUUAUCGUCAACAGAACAAAAUGGAAAUAUUACUUACAACAGCGACAUGGCGGAUUGGACAAAUGAGAAGGAUCUGACAAUUGACAAGAUACAUGAAAGUGUAACAUCUGAAGAUCGAGUCUGCGUAAUAUGGAUCAAGCAUUUGGUAAACUAUACUUCAUUGGCUCAGCGGAUCAAGUCAUCUAGCCAUUCAUCUAAAAUUAUGGUUUAUUUAUUCAUUCACCCACUAUCAAACACUGCCGAUGGAUUGUAUUGGAUUCGCAUCUUAGUUCCACCUUUUGGAAACACGCCUGCAUCCAUUGUGGCCAGUCAACGACUUCACGAAAAUGCAUUGAUAUUCGGACCACUUGUAGAUAAAAUGGUGAUUAGUCGUCAUGCUCUUGGUGCCAUGGUACGAAACACUGCAAUAUCUGCUCAUCAAGCCUGUCGAGUGGUAACCGAUACUUAUACUCGUCCCUAUGUUGUACGGAAACAAUUUAUUGAAGAAAUGUCCAUACGAAAUCGAACCAAAUUAUCGUUAUCCGAGUUUUACACUGAAAUCUUUUCUGAAAAAGAUGAUUGAAUCCCAAACGACUGACAAACAAAAUACAACAAAACUGUUUCUAUCCGUUCAUCCCCUUUUUUAUACCAUUUAUCUUUAAUUAUUAAUGCUUAUGAUAGUUUAUUUUUAUUACUUUUAUUAUUAUUAUUAUUAUUAUUAGUAUUAGACUCUUCCACGUAUCCUUUUUUUUUUUCAUUGUUGUUAUUUGAUGGCUUUACAACUUUCCACAAUAAAGAAAAUGCAG